UACUCAAAUAUCAUCUGCUUUGAUAUUUUUAUUUAAUCCAUGAAAACAGAAAAUCAAAGUGUUGAAACAGAUUUUAUACUUCUUGGUCUUUUCCAAUAUGGUCCAAUGGACACCUUACUCUUUGUUGACAUUGCAAUACUGUUUUCAGUGGCUCUGAUGGGGAAUAGCAUACUGAUUUUUCUCAUUUGUUUGGAUACCAGACUCCACACUCCAAUGUACUUUCUACUCAGUCAGAUCUCCUUCAUUGACAUGAUGUUCAUUUCCACCACUGUGCCCAAGAUGACAAUUAACUUUCUGUCCAAUUGUAAGACCAUUACAUUUUUAAGCUGUGAGAUUCAAACAUUUGUAUUCUUGGUCCUUGGUGGAACUGAAGCUGUUCUUCUUGGUUUCAUGUCUUAUGAUCGUUAUGUAGCCAUCUGUCAUCCUUUACAUUAUCCUGUCCUCAUGAGCAGGAAGAUCUGUUGGUUCAUGGUUACAUGUGCUUGGACCAGUAGUUCCCUGAACUCUUUAAUACAUACGCUGUAUGUAUUUCAACUCCCCUUCUGUAGCUCUCAACUCAUUAACCACUUCUUCUGUGAAAUUCCAUCCCUGAUGCCAUUGGUAUGUCAGGACAUUUCCCAGUAUGAAUAUACAAUAGUCCUGAGUGGUCUUAUUAUGCUGUUGUUACCAUUUGUGGCCAUCCUAGCUUCCUAUGCCCGUGUGCUUACUGUGGUAUUCCAGGUGAAUUCAGGAAAAGGACAGACAAAAGCUAUCUCCACCUGUUCCUCUCACCUGAUUGUGGCAAGCUUAUUCUAUACCACCUCUCUCUCCACCUAUACAAGACCACACUCCUUGCAUUCCCCUGAACAAGAUAAAGUAGUAGCUGUGUUUUAUACCAUUAUUACACCUCUUCUGAACCCAUUUAUCUACAGUCUGAGGAAUAAAGAAGUUAUGGGGGCCUUGAAGAGACAUAUAGGACCAUGUAUAUUUGUACAGAAAAUGUGA